GGUUCGGCCAUCCAUCCUUCAGUCCUUCAGUCCCGUCAGACGUUAAGUGGGCCCACAGACGACCUGAGCAUUGUUAUUCACCCAACGAAGCCUUUUUCCUCCCUGCACCAUUAAGAUGCAGUGCAGCUGCAGCCCCGCGGUCCCUCACCUCUCGUCGCCCUACUGGACCAGAACAGUGCUGUUCCCCGACUGGGCCUACAAGCCGGCCUGGUCCCCGGGUUCCAGACAGGUCCAGCUCUGGCACUUCCUGCUGGAGCUGCUGGGGCGGGGCGAGGGCGGCGCCAUCAGCUGGGGGGGCGAGUGGGGCGAGUUCGUCAUCCGGGACCCGGAGAGGCUGGCGCGGCUGUGGGGGGAGAGGAAGGGGAAGCCGCACAUGAACUACGACAAGCUGAGCCGGGCUCUCAGGUACUACUACAACAAGCGCAUCCUGCACAAGACCAAGGGCAAGAGGUUCACCUACAGGUUCAACUUCAGCAAACUCAUCCUGGUCAACUGCCCGAGAGUCCCUCCGCCGCCGAGCCACCAGCUGGUUCAGAGCCGCCCUCCGUCCGUCCUCCUCGCCGCCGCCGCCGCCGCUCUGCCCGUGUGUGGAGGAGCAGCGCCGCAGCCAGCGCCUCGGCCCUUCCUGCUCCCGUGCUGCCUCCCGAAACCCGUCCCCUCCCCCCGGGCCCUCCACGGCCCCGGCCCCAGGGGGCCGUCGGGCCCUCCGCCGCCGCUCGCGCUGGCUCUCCACGUCCGGGCGAACGGCCGCUCGCCGCUCGAUAGCGCCGCGGGCUGGGAUGCGAACCGCGUCGGCGGCAGCCUGUUCGGGGGAGCGAAGCAGACUGGAAUUCAAGUAGAGUCGAGGAGAGCAGGGAGCGAUGUGCAGAUGGGUGGGAGAGUGUGAAGAGGUGGAACAAACCCUAACAGAUGGACUGCUUUUCCUUUGCUUCUCAAACACACACUCUCUCUGUGUUUUUGUAGUAGUUUAUUAUUCAUUGCCUGUGAUGUAAAAUACACAGAUUUUGUAUUUAUUGACUUUGACUGUGGUAUGUUUGCAAGGCAGAAAUAUUGAAGAACCCUGCUUUCUCUUCUGUCAGCACAUCCUGCCACAGUAGGAGAAUUUCACUUGUAAACAUUUAACAACAUGCCACUUGUGUUUGGGUAAAUAAAGCAGUGCACUCAACUUAUAUUAUUCAGCUGUUUGUCUUGGGUUUUGCCCCCUUGCUUCAGGCUCCAUGAAAAUAAUAAGAGCUGCAUAAAUGAUGCAUCCAAACAGACACUGUGAAAUUUUCAUGACUGGAGCCCGCAUGUCUUCUGUGCAACAUCAGGACCAGCAGCGAGGGGCAGGGCUGCAUGUAACACCCCUGGACGGCAGGGGGCAGUAGCAGCACUAACAUGUCAUAAGCGCUACACAGAGCGGCGUCUCCCGGGAAAGAGUCAGAACUAAGAUAUCGUGAGACACAGGAGGUGCCACUCGGAAUAUUUUAGUGUGGUGGUCCAAAAUGUGAUUUGAGCUAGAAAUAUUCAUUCAACUGGAAUGACGUCAGACAAAUUUAGAUUUGAUGCUUUUUUUACUGCACUGGUGAUUGCAGUGAUUUUACACACACACACACACACACACACACACACACACACACACACACACAC